AUGUAAAGCUAUAAACUUCACGAUAGACAUCCCUAUGUUGAACCUGAUUUCAAAGAUAGAUAUGAUCCUUCUGAAGUUUAUCAUGCCGUGUUUGACCGUUCCAUUCCUAAAUUGAUUGAAAUAUUGCUCAUGGAAAACAUUGAAGCCUUUAAAUACAGAGAUGCCCUGAUUACUUUGAAUGAAAUGGUAGAUCAUUAAGAGAUGAAGGAUCAAAUGAUAUCGCAAGGUCUGGUGGGAAUUGCUAGUGCUUAUCUGCAUCAUAAAGACAUUUAGAUUAGAAAACAAGCAGUCAUUUUAUUGGGAUGUUUAGUGAGUAUAAUGAGAGGAAGAGAAUAAUUAGGUGAUUUGAGUUUCGAUGGGUUGUCGAAAUUAUUAUUUGAUGAUGCUAGAGAACAAUGUGGGUGGGCAUUAUGUAGGAUAAUUACUGGUAGAGAUGGAGUGGAUAUUUUGUGCAAAUCUAAUCUCACUAAAAAGAUGAUCUAAUCCUUUAUGUAAUCUAAAGAAUAUCCGAAAUUUACUGUCUAUUUAUUGGAGGCAUUUGCAAAAAUAGUUGAAUUUGAUAAUGGCAUUUUCUUCUUUUUAAAUUGUGGAACCAUUUAGAGAUUCAUUGAAAUUCUAUCCCAAGAGAAUUACUACGAUUAAAGUUAUACUUAAAGAAUAACGUAUUUGUCUUUGGAGGUUUUAUCUAAAAUAUGUGCUAAUCAUGAAGGCAAAGAGGAAGCAAUUAGAGAAAAUGCAAUUAACGUUGCGAAUAGAUAUUUGGAUAGUCCACUUCAAGAGGAAGCUUAUUUUGCCACUAUUUUGAUUAUGAAUUGCACCAUAAACCUUGAAGGCAAGAAGUAGUGUGUGCAUGUAGAGAAUGACGAAAUUAUUUAAAAAUUGAUCUCUCUUUUAAAUAAAGAUUUUAGUAAGGAUGUUAAGCAAGCAUUGAUGAAUAUUGCAGAUUAUCCUGAUGGAUUUAUUAUCAUAACAAAAUUGUUAUCCAACAGCUAUGAGACUUUGGAUGAUUUACUUGGACCUAGGGUUGUGAUUGCAUUGGCUAAACUAAUCCCAAGGGGUUUAGAAAAUUAUGAUGAUUAUAAGCAAUAUGGAAGGACUCUUUGCAAAUUCUUGAGGGACUACAACGAAGCCAUCUAUAUAGCCUUGGAAGAAACUGUUAAAAUAGUAGAAAUUCUGAUGGAGUUCUUCUAUUAUACUGACUUGGUGAGAGAUGUGACAGACUCUCUAUUGAAGUUGAUUGAAGCAGAUGUCGAUUCAAGAGAAUAUGCACUCAAUUAUUUGGAAACUCACAAUGCAAACAGCAAGGAGAUAUAAAAUAUAUCGAAAAAAAUACUUGAAUUAUUCCCACAUUGA